AUGUCGGUCCAGACUCUUAAUCAGACGUUCAGUUACCACUUGCAGAUUGCCAGUUUUGACAUCCCUACCCCAUUGACCUACCCUGUGUUCAUCAUGGGUCUCCUGCUCUAUCUGUUCUCUAUUUUCUGUAACCUGACCAUCAUGCUGUUGAUCAUCACACAGCGGACUCUCCACAAGCCCAUGUUUUACAUCCUCUUCAGUCUCCCCCUGAAUGACCUGGUAGGAAUCAGCUCUAUGCUACCCAGGGUGUUGUCAGACAUCGUGACACAGACUCACUCUGUGUACUACCCCACAUGUGUUUUUCAAGCUUUUCUUUGCCACAUGUAUGGGGGUGGUGUGUUUUUUGUACUUGCAGCGAUGUCAAUUGAUAGAUAUUUUGCCAUUUGCAAACCACUGCAAUACCCCUCGAUCAUGACACCUUUUACACUAUGUGUCAUUAUAUCAGCUGCUUGGGGCCUGGACAUGGCCAUGAUAUUGACCCUGUUUGCUCUUCAGUCCCGAGUUAAGAGGUGCAAGGCUUACAUACAAAAUGUCUACUGUGACAACCCCUCUCUACUUCGCCUCUCAUGUGGAGAAGAUCUCACAGCUAACAACAUUUAUGGUUUGGCUAUUACAGCGGUUAUGCAGAUUAUCAGCGUUGGUAUUCAGUUAUUUUCCUAUAUUAACAUUCUUGUAAUAUGCAUAAUUAAUCGACAAUCUGACACCAAGAGCAAGGCUGUAAACACCUGUGUUGCUCAGCUAGUGACAUUUCUCCUUUUUGAAUUGACUUCCACCUUUGUAAUACUGUCAUAUCGCUUUCAGAACAUACCUCCUAAUGCACAGAAACUGUGCGGUAUGAUAAUCUACCUGCUCCUACCAAUUAUUAAUCCAAUUAUAUAUGGGAUGAAAACAAAGGACAUCAGAACAGCAUUUUUCACGGUCGUGAGGAAGAAAAAGAUAGCGUUCAAGUGA